AUGCCCAGGAGUCAGACCGUGCGCCUGAGAGUAUUGUCCAAACGCGUCUUGAACUCCGCCAGGCUUGGUGCUGUGACCACUUCCUCUUACACACACUCAAGCCUUCUAAUACCCUUGCUCAGACAGUCCCACUGGGCAAUGGGCUACAAUAGAGGAGUUUGGAGGAAUAAAUGUCACCAUUCCUCCCCCGCGAAGUUUGGACAGGGUGACUCUGGAGGCCCCUUUGUGUGUCUGAGGUCUGGUGCCACUUGAACUCUGACCGGUGUGGUGUCCUGGGGGGUCAGUUGUGCUACAGGAUUGGAUACCCUCAUGAGAAGCACCAUGGCCCAGAGCUCAUCAGGCAUCUUCUCACAGGUGGCUGUUUGUGACUUCAUUGCCCAGCACAUGACACAGGCUGCUGUGCCAAGCCCUCUCCCUGCACCAGCAGAGUGCAGUUCCCAAGGCAUCCUGCUCUUUGGAGGAAAUCGUCUCAUUCUGUACCCCCAGGCUCUGGAGCAUAAUGUCCCUCACAACAGCCUGUGUUCCUGGAAUAUAACAGUACCAGAGGACAAAAUCAUCUUGAUGUGCUUCACUAAAUUAGAUGGAUACCAACUUGGAUGUGACCCUGACCAUGCAUCUCUCUAUUUGAAUGGAAGAGAACUAAUCAGUAAAUCCUGCAGGGAUGCCUUCCCAGCCCCUCCGCUGGCAGAGUCAGACCAGGCCACGGUUAUAUUUUUUUCUGGUGGGAGCAAUGCUGGCUGUGGCUGUGGGCUCACCUUCAUGGCCAUCCAUAAGGACUCUGAAGCAAGCUCCGGCUGUGGCAGUGUCGCAGUGUUAGUGGAAGAGGGGAAGAUUGAUACUGCUAAUUAGCCUGGCUUGUAUCCCAGGGACAUGAAGUGCCACUGGCUCAUUGAAGGUCCAGCAGAGUAUGUCGUAAAGCUGGAGUUUGAAGACUUUGCCACGGGGCUUAGCCCAGGCUGGAUUUAUGAUGCAGUUACUAUUUAUGGUGAUGAAGAAGAAAACCAGCUGUCUAAUCUCUGUGAAUUCUCAGCUCCCAAGCCAGGGCCAAGUUCAGGAAAUACCAUGCUGGUACAUUUUGAAAGUGAUGGGGAGAACAGCUUCAGAGGGUUUAGAGCCCAGCUCACUUUGGUUCAUUCAGAGGAGGCAGGAAGAAAAGAUUUGGCAUUAACUGCACCAAUGUUGCCUUUGAAGGAUGUCCCCUUAGACACCUGUGGUUUUUCCCCAGUUACUUCCCAGUGGCUGUUCAAGCAUGUUAGUGGGGCUGAGGAGGCCUGUCCUCACUGUUGGCCAUGGCACACCUCCCUGAAGCUCCUUGGAAACUCCCAGUGCAGUGGGACUGUAAUCAGCCCUACAUGGCUGCUGACAGCCGCCCACUGUGUGCAGCUAUCCAAUAAACCCUUGCACUGGACUAUGACAGCAAGAGACCAUGAUAGAGCCCUAAGAAGGUCAACACAACAGGUAAAACCCAAGCGUCACAUCGUGGUGUAUCCGCACUUUGGAAUGUUGAGCUAUGUCCUGAGGCAGCUCAACAUCUCUCUGGAGUACAACACUGCUGUCAGGCCAGUGUGCCUGCCCAGCAGCACAGAGACAUUAUCCUUCUCUUCCCUCUAUGCUGUGUCUGGAUGGGCAUCAUCAAAGAAGGUGGGUCUUCUGAUUUUGCGCCUGCAGCAGACAUGAGUACCUGUACUUGAGAAUGAAAUAUGUGAGAUAAAUUGCUACUUCAGUUACCCUGGAGGGAUCACUGCCAGGAUGUUUUGUGCAGGCUUUGUUUCCGUGGGAGGCCAGGACUCUUGUCAGGAUGGUUCUGGUGGCCCCUUGGUUUGCAACCCUGAAAAUGGAUCAUUUAUGCUUUACAGCAUUGUCAGCUGGGCUGUUUGCUGUGCCAGCCCAAAGAAACCAAGGUCUUUGGUUUCAAGGGUGAGGAUUUUCAUGGACUGGAUAGGACUGCUGAUGAAAGAUGCUGAGCAGAGCAUGCUGCAGGGAAGUGGCAGUGCACCAGAGACCUCAGCACAGGAGCCCUCAAAGCUAACAGGAGAGGCGUGCAGGCAGGGGGACUGCAGAGCUGCGUGGAGCUCCCGUGUGCCACGGGAGGCAGUGCUUGGUUUGCAGAAGGCAGUGGAGCUGGUUCAGUUCAGGAUCAGCUCUGGGUGGUAA